CUAGAAAGAUUUGGAAAGGGAUAUUUGUCACACUGCUCUUCUCAGUUCUCAUCUCACCUCAUCUCCUCAAUCGCCGCCGUUCGCCGGAAAAUUUCAUUGCGAUUUCUCGGCCGUGAGGUUUGUUUGUUUUUUUCGAUAUGCAAGAUAUUCAUUCGAUUGGCGGUGGAGGAGGAGGGCGGUUGUUUGGCGGCGGCGGCGAUAGGCGGCUCCGGCCGAACCAGCAUCACAACCUGCCGGCGUUGAAGUGCCCCCGAUGCGACUCGCUCAACACCAAAUUUUGCUAUUACAAUAACUACAACCUCUCGCAGCCGCGUCACUUCUGUAAGAGCUGCCGGAGGUACUGGACCAAAGGCGGCGUCCUCCGUAACGUCCCCGUCGGCGGCGGCUGCCGGAAAAGCAAGCGAUCUAAACCUAAAUCGACCGCUUCUGCUUCGGCUUCUACGCCUGCCGACGCUUCGCAGGAGUGCAAAUCGAAUUCUCAUUCCAGUAGCGAGAGCUCGAGCCUCACCGGCGCCGGAACCGCCUCCGCCGCCGCCGAAGUCGCGUCGACGAGUACUGCAACGAAUUUAGCGUCGAAUUUAGUAAAUUACUCGGACUCCGCCGCCUUCUUCAUUCCUCCGAGCUCAAGCCCUAGCUUCGAUCAGCCGCUUCUAGAUCAUUCCUCUAACGACCAUAUCUUCCAGGAUAUUGGAACCUUCUCGAACAUGAUCACUCCCUCCAACGAACCCUCCCUAUUAGGGUUCGCCAAUAUGGCCGACAUUUCCCCGACGUUCCAGAUUCAACAGAGCCAGCCAGGGCAGGACGCUCACUGGCCGCAACCGGAAAAGAUAGCCGAUCAGAAUUUCAAUCCGCCGGAGAUCACGGCGGCAGGGUUUUUAGAUCAGACGUCUCAGAUUGAUUUCCCCAGCUUGAACCAGCAACAGAGCAGGGAAACCAACGCCGCCCUUCCUCCACUGGAUUGGCAACCCGGCGGCGGCGGAGAUCAAGAGCUCUUUGAUCUCCCCGGAGCCGUCGAUCAAUCAUACUGGAAUCAAACACAGUGGGGUUGAAAAUUCACCAUCCUCCCUGAAUUUUACCUCCCUUAAUCUCCAGAAAUUUUUAACUCUCCACAAAUUCAGAUUAAAAAAAAAAAAAAAGGGAUGAGGAAUAUUGUAAGGAUUGCUGCUCUGAUAUGUAAAUUCAGUUUUAUAAUUUUCAUUUUUUUUUUAUUAAUGAGGUGAGAUUUGGUUGAGAUUAUUAUGUAAUUUCUUUCUAUAUAUUCUCAAUUAUAUAUAUAUGCAACUGACCUUCAUGUUUUGUUACA